AUGGGGCCGGGCGCGAGCUGGGGCGCAGGCGCGUGGGCCGGGCGAGGUCAGGGCGAGGCGAGGCCGGGCGCGAGCCGGGGCGGGGUGCAGUGGGCAGGCGAGGCGAGGGCAGGGCGAGCCGGGCGCGAGCUGGGGGCGAAGGGGCAGGCGGCGAGGCCGGGGAGGGGGCGGGUCAGGGAGCCGAGCGAGGCUGGGGGUUCAAAGUGUGAGUCGGGCGAGGGCUGGGGGUUCAGGGUGAGCCGGGCGAGGCCGGGGAGUCUGGGCGGGCGAGGCGGGGGUCAUGGGGGCAAGCUGGGGGACCGGGCGCGAGUUGGGGCCGGCGAGCCGGGCGCGAGCGUGAGGCUUGACGGGGAGUCAGGGCGGUACGAUUAG